AUGCCAGAAGGGGGCACGGGGCUGAUGCCCGGCGCCGUGCGCGUCCUUCGGGCCCAGAUGGGUGCGCAGGGCUUCGACUUCGACGCCGAGGGCCAUUCGUCCAGCGCGACGGGGGACGCCAUCUAUAAGUCGGAAAUACACCAGCUGGGAUCAGGCAUGUCGACGGCGAUGACGCUGCGGAGCCAGCGGGUUCUGGACUUUUAUAGCAGCCAUGGCCCGGGGCCGUACGGUCUGGCCUUCUUCUCUAGGCCUCAUGAGGAUAAUCAGGCUCCUGGCGCAGCAUAG